GUUGUUGUUCAAAGGUAAGUUUUCAGAUCGUUUGAGGCGAGAACAUCAUACUUUUAAGCUUCCCUAUGUGGCCUGUUUACAGUUAGUGCGUAAUAAAAAAUAAAAAAACCCGACUUUGAGCGGAGCAGAGUGACCCGCAGACCUUCUCUCGGCCUAGUGGUGUGUGAACUACGGCUCGUUCUGAUGCCGUUUUUUGUUUUAAUUCGGCAAAACGUUCAUUUGUUUUGGGUUUGUCUGACUGACUUGUGUUGCUUUUUUAACUCAAUACUUGCUGGAAUAAACUGUAAAUCUAUUUAUUCCCAAGGACAAUAUCAACAUCCAUACCAUGAUGGCUGAUGUUAUGGACAAACUGCAUAACUGGACAACAGAAUAAAACACAGGCCCUCGCAAACUGGUGUAUUGCCAAUGAAUGCAUAUUUACUGGCAAGAGGAACUCCUCUAAAACUGGAUGGGAUGAUUUUGUGAGAGCCUCUGGCCUGGAGGUCACAGCAAAGCAGGCCAAGAAGAAGUGGCACAAUUUAGUGCAGAAAUAUAAGGACAAGAAAGCUGGGCUGCCAGUCUGGCUCGGAGGCAGCUUCCAGACAUCUCCCCGUCUUCAGCCGCUGGAUGACAAAUCCUCUGGGUCAACCUCCUCCUCCACUUCAACCUGGUCACCUGCCUCGACAAAUGUUGUGGAGGGUGCAGCAGGCGGCGAUGACUUUGGGGGCAUACGUCGGGCGGACCUCCAGCGCCUUAAAGAAGAUCGAGCGCCACCGUGUCUUCAGACCACCAAAGGUGGAACAAUUCGGACAUGACACCCAUCGAUGGCACCAACUGCUGCCCUGAAGGCGGGCAAAACCAGCCCCCACUCCCUCCAAAUCUUGUGGUUUUGGCAGGAAAAUGAUUUUUGGAAUGAUGCCCAUCAGGGAGUUGACAACUCUGUGCACCACCCGGCACACAAUGGACAGGGGCAUCCCAAAGAUGUCCGCUGUUGCCCUGUAGGACACACCAUAGGCCAGCCAGUAAAGGGUCACCAGCACCUCUAUUUCCCCUGGCCAUCCAUGGGCCUUCUGGAGGGGCAGCAUCUGAAGGAGCAGGACAAUGGUGGCCCUGUUUAGCCUGAAGGCUGGUCUCAGGUCCCCUUCAUUAAAAAAUAGUUGGAGGAUUGGUACCAAGGUGUUUAUUCUCACAUAUUUUGUUGCUU